AUGCGGAAGCGGCCACGAGACGACUCGGACGACUUCGAGCGGUACGAACGCGCCGUCGACGUGCGCCGGCGCCGCGCCGAAAAACCCGAUCAAUCGCGCCACAAGCGCCUGCGCCGCGACGAACCCGACACGGACUCGGACUCGCCGGCGCGCCAGCUGCGCAACGGCAUGGCGACGGCCGGUCCCACGACACAGCCGAGUCCGCGGCGCUCGACGCCCAGGGUUGAGGUGCCCCCACCCAGCACGGCAUCGUCAAUCAUCACCACAACGGACCGCAAGCGCUGGCUGCCGCAGGAGGAUAACCGGCUCAUCCGGAUGAUGCGGCUGUUCGGGGUGAAAUGGGCGAAGAUUGAGAAGGAGAAUGAGAUCCAGCCGCUGAUGCCGGACGAGCUGAGCAUCGAGGACCGCAACCAGGUGCAGUUGAAGGAUCGGGCACGGAAUCUGAAGAUGAAGUUUUACCGUGAGGGACAACCCCUUCCGCCAAAUUUUGACAAGGUGACGAUGGGGAAGAAGUACUACGACCAGCUGAGGAGACUUGGGAUCAACGUUCCGGACCACCACAACCGACAAGACACCUACAAACGCGCCCUCCGGCACGACCAAGCCCCCCGCCGCACCGGACGGGCUCGCCGAUGGACUCGCCGUACCAGAGGUGGCACCCGCCGACCCUGUCGCCACAACCGCCGACGAAACAGUGGUAGUCAUAGUAGAAGUCGGCGCCGCCGCGACAGAGGUCCCCAUACUAGUAGCAGUAGCUUGCGUCUUGGCCGUGGAUGGCUCCGGCUCCUCGGGCGCCGUCAGAAUCGAAUUCGGAAUCGGCGCCGUCUUGUACCCGUCGAUGGCGCCGGCACUCCCGGUAGGCAGCGGGACGCCGGUCUGCACGACGGUGGGGUUGACGCUGAGCGAGGCGAGGGGGUCCGGGUGCGCGCCGUCCGGGUGUGUAUCCGGGGCAGUGACGAUGACAGACUCGGCGGCGGGAUCGAUGCGGCGGCGCAGGCCGGGGGUGAGGAUUGUCCAGGCAAUUGGGCCGCCGCCUGUCGUGAGUCAGUUUCUCUGUGUGUUUGGAUGGGGGCGAGGGGGGAGUAG